ACCUCUUUGGAGUUGGAGUCUGGUCGUCGGUACCGUUAUAACCGCAUCACCCUCGCUUUUAACUUUGAACUUUGGCGGAAGAGGGAGGGAGGUGGAGGUCCAUAUUCCUGCUCCUGCUGCUCCUCCUGUGUCUCGCGCCCGUUCCGAGUUAUUCCAGGAAUGUGUUGAACAUGGCUGCCGCGAUGAAGGCGCACAAAACCGGACUGCUGGAACUUCGGGUGACCGUGGACCGCUGGAUCCGCGUGUUGGCCACUCUCACCGAGGACACGCUGACCGUAAAACCCGGGGAGGGCGCUGAAGAAUCCGCCAAGCCCAGCCCGAGCCCCGCCGGCGCUCUUAACGGAGACCCGCCGAACCUGAGCCUGUCCCCGGUCCCGGAAACCAUCACCAACGUGAAGCGCACGGUCCGAGUCACCAAGCAAGAUGUUGGAGGACUCGGAAUCAGUAUCAAAGGUGGAAAGGAGAACAAAAUGCCCAUCCUCAUAUCAAAGAUCUUUAAGGGACUGGCUGCUGAUCAGACUGAGGCUCUAUAUGUUGGUGAUGCCAUAUUAUCUGUCAAUGGCUACGACCUACGAGAGGCCACACACGAUGAGGCGGUGCAAGCCUUGAAGAAGACAGGCAAGGAAGUCAUUCUUGAGGUAAAGUACAUCAAGGAGAUGUCGGCGUUCUUUAAAAGCUCGGGGUCCCCCGGCGCCGCGCUCCCCUGGGACUCUCCUCCCUCCACACCCCAGAAGGCCCCAGAGCUGUCACCCGCCGAAGUGAAGGAGCCCCGCAGCAUCCCGCUCAGAAUGUGCCAGGUGACACGAAAGCAGUGCCCCCCGGACACGGAAAACAGGUAUUUUGAAGUGGUUUCAUCCAACAGAAAGAACUCUGUGUUCCUGCGGGCAAAAGAUCCGGCCAUGGCCCAGUCUUGGUACAAUGCCAUCCAGGCUGGUGCCGCCAACCUUUUACAAAGAGUGAAAGAGGAGAUGAAGUGCAUGCAGCCUGGCAUGGAGGUCAAACAUCUGGGCUGGAUUACAGAGCAGGUGGCCCAGGGACCAGAGAAGCCGGUACUGGCUAUGCUGACUGACAAAGACCUACUCCUGUAUCCCUCCAUGCCUGAAAACAAAGACGGCCUCAGCAGUCCCACCAAGAGCCACCCCCUCAUCACCACCAGACUGGUCCACUCAGGCCCAGGAAAAAGUUCUCCUCUCCUGGACUCUGAGCUGUCAUUUGGCUUGCGUCUGGGUACGAAGAAUGGGGUGGAGACCCAUGUGUUCAGGGUGGAUUCUGCCAAGGAACUUUCAGCCUGGACUCAUCUGCUGGUGGAGGGCUGCCACAACGCAGCUGAGCUCAUCAAGGAGGUCACCACAGCGUGCAGCUGGAAUGGGAAGGAGUGCUUCCUGGGAGUGCACAUUGAUGAGGGCUUCAAGCUCUUCACGGAGGAGAUGGGCAUCAGGAAAAGUAUUUUGCUCCAGCAGCCUUUCGAACGCCUAAGAAUGUCCUCAGACGAUGGCGUUCGCAUGAUGUACCUGGACUUUGGAGGUCCAGAGGCCGAAAUUCAACUCGACCUCCGCUGUUGUCCCAAGACCAUUGUAUUCAUCAUCCACUCAUUUCUGUCUGCGAAGGUCAAACGACUCGGCCUCCUGGCGUAAAAAUAUCCAUCCAUUGGGAUCAUCAACAAUAAAGAAUAUUUGAUAAGAACCCCAAAGACUCUGAAACAGCAGAGGAGGGAGCCCAGGAACAGACACUUACUAAUCACAUCUGUCCAGCCUUCUGAAAAUUAGUGUCUGUGGUCAGAGAGCGCUGCAGUGUAAACGGCAAAAAGAGGCUCAUCAGCAACACUGUACGCGUAUGUGGAAUCUGACGCCUGUCAAAUUAGUCACUUUGUGACAGAAAAGCUUUUUGGCCCGUUCUUUAGUUUUGACUCUUGUGUCACGGUUGGAGGUCGUUUUCAUCUGUCCGUCUUUGCUUUACGUGCUGUGAGCCGUCGUAACAAAAACAAUAACACGACUUUCCUCCCCGAAGUUGGACAGGCAGCUUGACUGAAAUGACUGAAGCGAUGUGCUGUUUUUGUGAAUAUUAAAGUGGAUUUUAUUCAGCUUUUUUUUUUUUUCUUUUGAAGACAGCUUCCAAAUGCCAAAUUAAAUUUUCAGUAAAGCCGACCGAACUUUAUUCUUUUUUAUUUGUUUGUUUGGUUUUAGCUUCUUCUUUACUCUGCCAUAUUUUGGUUACUCUGCAGCCUUGAAAAGAAAAAAAAAGGGCUAACAGAUGAAGUGGAAAAUGGAAGCUCCUGUCAGGUCGAGUCAAAGGCCAACUCUUGAAUCAACAGUUUUAUUUUAAAAUAUCGUGCCAGUCCAGCUGAGCUACGUCUCCUCUUUGGAUACAUGUGGGAGUACAGUAUUGAUUUUAGCGCUUUGGAAUUGCUAAUUACAUUGUAUUAUGUUUUUGCCUGUAUUUCAUGUUUUAACCAGCAGAGAGUGCUGGCGAGCUUAAUCUGAAUGUAUUUAUGCCACAUUAAUUUAAAAAAACUUAUUAACGAGUUGUUUGUUUGAUCACAUUAGCUUAUGAUUUGUGUCUUUUCUCUGCCCAACACUAAACAGACUGAUAUUAAUAUAUAUUUCAGAACUACAAGUCCUUUGCUUCCAAGAAUAAAAUAUAUUAUAUAUUCUUAUUUAAACAAAAGUGUGCCUUCGCAGGGCUUUGUAUAUAAACAUGUAAUAAACUUCAACUUUUAUUGUU